AAUAUUCCUGUUGGAACCAAAGUAUCCAAAUCUUAUCACACUUUCCUUCUAUAAGCUAGUAAAAGACAAAUACAAUCAUUAUAAAUAGUACUUAAUCAACUAGCCGUUCCAAACUACUUAUUCGACACCGAAAUGGGUUCAGAUGCUUAUAUUCAGCUUCCUGUGAUCGAUUUUUCGGUGCUAGAUAGCCAGAAUCCAGACCUUGGUGUCUAUGAUUCCAUCAAAACCCAAGUUCUUGAAUCUCUUCAGGAGUAUGGUUGCUUCCACGCAUCCAUAGGUGGAGUUUCACCUGACCUUCAAAAUUCCGUAUAUAGUGCAAUAGAGAACCUUUUUAAUCUCCCGACUGAAACCAAGUCCAAAAACACCUCAACAAAGAUGUUUUACGGGUAUAUCGGAAAUUCGCCACAACUCCCGUUGUAUGAAAGCAUGGGUAUCGAUGAUCCUUACAUCCCAGAACAAGUCCAAAAGUUCACCAAUCUCAUGUGGCCUCAAGGCAACCCUCAAGUUAGCAAUGACAUCCAUAUGUAUGUGAAGAAGCUUUGGGAAUUAAAUGUGAUGACCAAGAAGAUGGUUUUCGAAAUCUUGAAUUUGGAAAUGUAUUUGCACGAACACAUCGAACUAACAAAUUAUGUGCUUAAGCUCAUGAAAUAUCGAGUGCCCGAACCAAAUGAAUCCAAUCUAGGAUUGCACACUCAUGCAGAUGCUGGUGUAAUGACGAUUUUGCAUCAAAAUGAUGUUGAAGGGCUAGAGAUUCUGACGAAAGACGAUGAAUGGCUAAAAGUAAAGCUUUCGCCUAACUUGUUCAUAGUCAUGGCCGGGGAGACAUUAAACGUAUGGCUGAACGGGCGAUUGCAUGUGCCACUUCAUAGAGUUGUGAUGAGAGAAAACAAGACUAGAUUUACCUUGGCACUUUUUGAACUACCAAAACAUGGGAACACCUUAAAAGCCAUUGAAAAAAUGGUGGAUGAUGAACACCCGUUACUUUUCAAUCCAUUUAAAUACGAUGAUUUCAUCAAAUUCCACAUUAGUGGAGGUCAGGGCAUAGAGAACUAUGCCGUUAAGGCAUAUUGUGGUGUUUCCCACUGAAAAUGUUUUCCAAAAUUUUCCCAGUUGACAUGGUUGAGUACUUGAGUUGAUAUGGUUGUAUAAUUCUUUUCUUGUCCAUAAUGUGACAUCAUAUAAAUAAUCUUCAAAGGGGUGUCAUGAUAAGAAGGUUGUUACUAGUUUGUAUGAAGAUUUGUGUAUGCAAUAA